AUGACACCCGAAGAUUGGGAACUCUUCUUCAUUGAAGCAGGCCUAUCCACUGACUCGGCCAAAACUCAUGCAACAAGGUUUGCAGAUGAGAAACUGACAAUCGAGAGCCUUCAAAUGCUGGAUCGAUCCAUGCUUAGGGAGCUCGGAGUUGCAUUAAUGGGAGAAGCCCUGUGUAUCAUCAAGCAGGCUAAGGAAGCCACCACCCAGACAACCCGCAUUCAGGCACUAGCAGCCAAGCCUCUCCAUCUCAAUCGCGAGAUGACACCACAACAAUUCAGGAAGUUCCGAAUUGACUGGGAUGUCUUUACCAAGAUGACAAAUAUGCCAAGCUCCCAAGCUAAUAUUCACCUAUACAAUUGUGCUGAUGAGACUGUGCAAAACGCCAUAAUCAACACACACCCUAACUUCUUUACCACUGAUCCAGAUAUGCUACUUGACAUUGUAGAAGCGUUGGUCACCCAGAGGUCAAGUCCUACUGUCCAUCACCUUGCUUUUUCCUCCAUGUCUCAGGAUGCGGAUGAGCCAAUACAAAGUUACCUUGUCCGCCUCAGAGCCGUAGCUGUUGAUUGCAACUUUACCUGCCCCUCGUGUGAGCAUGACCUGUCUGAUAUAUACGUCAAGAACCAGAUCAUCCGUGGAAUAGCAAAUGACACACUCCAGGCUGACCUACUGGCCAAAGCUGGGGCACUUAAAUCCCUUGAGCAAAAUAUCCGUCAUGCUGAGGCAUUUGAAUCAGCAUUGCGAGACCAAACCUCAAUGGCUGGCGCUUCAGAUACAGCCGCUGCUCGGCUAUCAACAUACCGCAGACAGAAGGGUACGCCACAAGCCAACGAGGGGAUCCGUACCAGCACCUAUUGCAAAUGCAAUGUUAAACCAAACCACCAGGCUUGCUUAGGUUGUGGCAGCCACCAGCACGGCAGCUCAGGAACUGGAUCCCGCUGGCUAAAAUGCCCAGCAUGGGGACAAACGUAG